GCCGUGCAGCUGGAGGCCUGACGGUCAUAGAUCGUUCAGGAAGCUGCUGCCAACGAAGUGCAAGGAUGAGUCUGACUCCGCAGGUGUACUGGGCACAGAGGCACCAUGAAGUAUACCUCCGAGUGGAGCUCAGUGACGUCCAGAAUCCAGAUAUCAACAUUUCAGAUAACGUCCUGUAUUUCAAAGCUCUUGGACAUGGUGCUAAAGGGGUCAAUACGUAUGAGUUUUCCCUGGAAUUCCUAGAACCUGUAAAGCCUAAGGUGCUGCAGCGAUCCACCCAGCGGCAGUUUGCCAUCACCGUGAAGAAAGUUGAGAGAGAGUGGUGGCCGCGGCUUACCAAACAGGAACGCAAGCCGCUCUUCCUCGCUCCAGAUUUCGAUCGCUGGCUCGACGAAUCCGACGCAGAGAAGGAGCUGCAAAAGAAGGAAGAAGAGCGUAUUACAAAAAUCAGAACGGAAUCCAGAAUGCGGGAGGACCCGUUCCUGUACUUGAAGCGCGGUUACCUCUUCAUGUAUAACCUAGUGCAGUUUCUGGGCUUCUCCUGGAUUUUUGUCAACAUGACUGUUCGACUCUUCAUCCUGGGAACAGACUCAUUCUAUGACACCUUCCACACUAUGGCUGACAUGAUGUAUUUCUGCCAGACUCUGGCUCUUCUAGAGAUUAUUAAUCCCUUAAUAGGAUUGGUGAAAACGGGAGUCGUUCCAGCAGUGAUCCAGGUCUUGGGCAGAAAUUUUAUCCUCUUUGUUAUUCUCGGCCAGCUGGAUGAGAUGCAUACCAAAGGUGUUGUGUUUUUCGUAUUUUAUCUGUGGAGCUUCAUCGAAAUCAUCAGGUACCCGUUCUACAUGCUGGCCUGCAUAGACAUGGAGUGGAAGGUUCUCACCUGGAUCAGAUACACCAUCUGGAUACCACUCUACCCACUGGGGGGAUUGGCAGAAGCUGCUUCCAUUGUCCAGGCGAUUCCCAUCUUCAACGAGGCAGGAAAAUUCAGUCUGCAUUUACCUCUUCUGCAAAAUGCCAUCCCCUUCUCAGUUUUCAUGAUUAUCUACCUGCCCCUUUUGGUUUUGGGCCUAGUUAUCAACUUCCGCCACAUGCACAAACAGAGAUGCAGGCGUUUGGGAAGCCGGAAAAGAAAGAUGCACUAAAGGAAGUUUCAUUUCUUUCCCAAUUUUUCAUAAUUUCUUAAAAUAAAAGGGGGGGGGCAUCACAUCUGACCAGUGACCCCUUAUUGUUUUAAUGCAUUUAAAGAAAUCCCAUGCCCCGAAGAAGGGACCAGCCGCCACCUUGCUUAGUUCUUUGUGUUGGACAAAUUUGGCGUGUCGGAUUUUAGAGGUACAUGUCGCAAGUCUUGCAUGGACGCUCAACCGUAGUCACUUGAGGGUUUGUAAUUGGCCAGUAUUUUUAUACUACUACUACCGCAGGAGUAUGUCA